AUGGCCAUAUGCAACCAAGAAGACACGGAAUCAAGCAACGGAAACGACGAGACCAAUCAUGGACCCAAGUAUUUGAAUUCAAACAAGGCAGAGUCGAGGAAGAGACCCCGGAGCCCAGAGCCAGAGUCACCAGGAAGAACAACCACAAGCUCAAAGCCCGGGCACCAACACGCACCUCAGCGCCUAAAACGGACGGCAUCAUCACCGACCAACGCCAAAGCAACGCAGGAGCCCCCAGGCGCGGCCCCCGAGACCAGCCACACCCACGACUCCAUCCCCGAUCCCAACCCACCACCCCCACCACCACCAGCCAAGGCCGACCGGCCGUCCAACAAGCGCAAGAAGAACCACCGCAACGUCAUCGAGCAGCGGUACCGCCAGCGCCUCAACGCGCAGUUCGACCGCCUCCUCGCCGUGCUCCCGCCCGCCGACGACGCAGGCACCCCGAGCACCCACCACCACCACCACCACCGCCACCAUCGCCACCAAUACGAGCAUGAAACACCGCCGCGCCCACAGGCCGGUGGUUCGGGUUCGCGACCAGCCGACCACCUCGCCAACCGCAGCGCAUUCGCAUCCACAGAGCAGGGAGCGGGCACCACCCAGACAGGGACGGCAUCAGCACCACCCCAUCACAGUGAUCGUGCCAGCGGUGCCGACGGCGGCGGCGAUGGUGGUGCUGGCGGCGGCAGCCAGGCUGCAAACAACGCGGAUGGCGCGGGCGGGGGGACUACAGACGCGGGGCGCGAGUUGCUGGAGGAAGGGGUGUGCGAGGCGGCGGCGGCGGGCAGGGUGAGCAAGGCGGAGGUGCUGCGGCGGGCGAAGGCGUAUAUCCGGGCGCUGGAGCGGGAGAACCGGCGGCUGGUGGCGGAGCGGAGGGAGUUGGAGGUGCGGUGGGAGGAGAAGAAACAUCGGGGAGUGGGGGUGAAGGGGGGUUAG